AUGUCGCCUGAAACUCCCUUUCAAAUCAACAUCCCCGACAAGAAACUGAGCAUCCUUCGUGCUAAACUUGAGCUUGCCACUUUCCCGGAUGAACUUCAGGACAUCGGAUGGAAACACGGCCCACCUUUGGCCGAUAUGAAGCGGCUCGUCGAGAGGUGGAGAAACGGAUACGACUGGCGCAAACAUGAAAAAGAAUUAAACCAAGAGUUGCCAAUGUUUACCCGCGACAUCGACGUUGAUGGUUUCGGCGCGCUGAAUAUUCACUAUGUUCACAAGAAGAGCGAAAUUGCUUGGCGCCAUCCCGCUGCUGCAGGGCCUGGAAGUUUCCUGGAAAUCAAGGGAAUGUUGCCCCUCUUGACUGCGGCAUCCCCUAAACAUCCUAGCUUCCAUGUCGUGGCGCUUAGCUUGCCUGGUUUUGGCUUUUCUGAGGGUGCUCACAAACCGGGCUUUGCUCUUGAUCAAUAUGCUGAGGUAACUCACAAACUCAUGAUUGCUCUCGGGUACAACGAAUAUGUGACUGAGGGAGGGGACUGGGGUUUCCUCAUCACUCGGAGAAUGGCCGCCAAGUAUGGUGGAAAACAUGUCAAGGCAUGGCACACCAACUUUCCGAUGGCCGACCCACCAACCUGGAAAUCGCCCCUGUCGUACUUGUCGUACUUGCUAACCCCUUUUUCUGCGGAGGAAAAGGCAGGACUUGAGCGCACUGCGUGGUAUCGCAACAAAUCAUCUGGCUACUUUGUUGAGCAGAGCACCUUCCCGCAGACACUCGCUUACGGUUUUACCGAUAGUCCUGUUGCUCUGCUUGGUUGGUUUUACGAGAAAUUGGUCAUCUGGACCGACGACUACAAAUGGACUGAUGACGAAGCUCUCACAUGGAUCUCCAUAUACUGGUUCUCUCGUGCUGGGCCUGGUGCUGCCCACCGCAUUUACUCAGAAGUAUGCGGCGAUUUCUACAACUUAGGUCGUACUAGUUAUCCCACUGUUCCUAUGGGAGCUUCGUAUUUCCCCCAGGAGCUCCUACUCUUACCCUCAGCAUGGCUGCGCAGGCAGAAUAACGUUGUGAUCGAGUCGCAUCAUACGUCAGGGGGGCAUUUUGCAGCCUAUGAACGGCCGGCAGAACUUGCUGAUGAUGUGCGGAAGAUGUUCGCGAAGGGGGGUCCCGCGUUCGCAAUUGUGCCUGGAAAAAGCGGAUAUGCCUGAACGACCAACACUACUCGAAUGACUUGUGAUGAAUAUUAGGUGAAAGUUGUACGAAUAGGUAGUGUAUUCAGAUAAUCGGUAUGAAAUUGCCUGUCCCCUGCUGUCCAUGAUGUGAUAUUGUUUCGGAUUUUCUGUCCUCACCAGUUCAAUUGUUUGUAUGCAGGGUUAAAGACUUCGCUAUAAGCGACUUUGGGUCUGCUUGUGCGGUGAGUACGUGAUUUCCGCAUUCGAGUCUUUGUCGUGGCUUCUGGACCUCCUCUAGGCCCCGGCCCGGGGUCGUUGUUAUCAGCGCUGGCAUGAAUGGUGAUUCACUGAUGUGCAGUUGAGGUGGUUACAGCCUGUGUGUCUCAUGUCGAUGUAAAUAUUACUUUCAUUAUAGAUGGACUACCCCGCACGGUCUGGGGUAACUAUGACGAUUCUAUGAGAUACCUAGUUGUGAUGUACAUAAAUUUGCGGUCCUUCGCAAUGAAUUUGUUCGAAUCA